AUUAUCGUUUUUUCAGAACCUUUAUUGUGUACCAAAAUUAUUUUAGUGGUUAUACAUAUUUAAAUGGUUUUUUUUUAUUUUUUAGAGGGUCUUAAUAUAUACAGUUCAGUAACCCAACAAUUCAGCUUUUUGUUCAUUUUCAACUCCAAUCCGUCGUCGAACAAACAAAAACAAAUCGCGACCUGACGUGAUAACAAAUAACCGCAAACUGCUGUUGCUAACAUAAAUUGUAUUGUUCGACUGUUCAAUAAAUGUUCAAUUAUAUCCCGAAACAACAAGCGACGAGGAGAAGCCAUCAAUGUCAACCCACGCAGUUUACAUUGUUGGCUCCGACGAGCAAGUUGGCUUGAAGCGUGCUAACGGUCUAUUAUAUCUUAGGCUUGAUGCCGUAAAAUUUUCCAAGGGCCUGAGGCAUGUGCUCCUCUGUCGGCUUGGUUGUAGAAGGCGUUGCUCUGGGCAGUGGAAGCCAGUAUUUUUCACGAAUGACCAUGAAAAGAGAGUACAAUACAAAGUGUUUUUGGCCGGAUCUCUUUUGUCACGAAGUAGCUAACCACUAUAGGGAUUACAAGUUACAAUGCCAUUUGCAGCAGCAGCUUGGAUCUGGAUGUGUAUCCCGAAAUGCAAGCCAUCGGCGACGAAAGAGGAUACCCUCGGUGAAAAAAUCUCGGGAGCCUGCUUUAUUAGCGUCAGGAUAUGUGCAGUUUCGCGAUGUGUGGCCAACUCAUGUGCAUUACUUCCCCAGAUCCGACGAUACUACCUAUUCGUCUCGCAGCCAACGUCCAGUGUGGUCUGGUAAAUUGUCUGACGAGACUUACAACGACGCAGUGCGUCGGAUUAGAAGUGCUCAUAGUUGCGAGCAGCUACGCCACCUGGUCAACCGGAUUCCAUGGAGAAGGGAGAGCCAAAUUGGACCCAGUGAUGAGGUGCAGGUGGCCUCCGUGCACGGAAGCCAAACCAGGGCCUGGGGCCGCCUCAAUUAUAAGAUAAAUAUUAAUAAGUGUCCCGCGGAAAGCCCACAACAGCAACUUCCGGUGAAUUUCCACGGCUAUUUGCAACUGGCCAGCAGCUAUUACGAACGGGGGUUACAGGCUAAUAUAAAGUACCUGCAAUCGAUUGGCCAGAGAAAGCGUAAUGCAAUAAGGCCAGCGACGGGUUUACCCUUUGACGAAGUGCAGCGUAACGAGAGUCCGGCUCAAGAAACGGCCAGUCGACUGGUGACGUUGCUCAAGCGUUUGCCACGCAAGGCCAAGAAGAAAGCAGGCGACCACGGUAUUUGGGUGAACAUAAGAACAGUAAAGCGAGAGGAUCUGGAAAAAGUGCAAAGUUCGGAUGAGAAUUCGGACUUGAACUCAGAGCUGAAAUCGAACGCAGCUUAUCAGCUUACUAGCAUGUGUGAUUAUAGUGACUUGGAUUGUACAACUUCAGAAUUGGAUGAACCAACAGGAGCAGAAGGAGAAAGAACUAUAGAACACACACUGACUGCAGCAACGAGCCAAGCUGCUGUCCAAGUCGCACACACAUCCGGUGACCAACGACGUCUCUAUGAGAUCAUCGACAAUCUAAGCUACCUGAGUACUGGGGAGGACAGUUGUCGCAGGCAGCAACUGAUACUGACCUUGCCCCAGAUUACGGUCACUGACUGCACCGCUCAACAGGUGGCGCCGCAUAGCACCAGCUUCGACAUUUUUACAAUGAAAAUACCCAAUGAAGAUAGACCACCGAACCUUGAUCUGAAAGCGACAUAGAAUCAAUAUAUAUAAAAA